GUCCUUGGUUAUCCUUGGUUCGAUAGUCAGGGAAUUGAAAAGUCGCAGUGCCUAUUUAGGAAGGGAAGGUGAAUAGCUUGUUUAAUGCCAAAGAGAAGUAGCAAGCGUUCCUCACUUGUUUCUCUGUUUUUCAUUUGGGUUACAUUUUCAGCUCUCAAUCUUUCUUCUCAGGAGUGAAAGCAUCUCGUAGGGAUGGAUUUCCUCACGCCCUUGAUAGUAGUCAUGAAAUGCUUAUGGGAACCUAUAGUACGUCGGUUUGGCUACAUCAAAAACCUUGAUAGGAAUUUUGAAAAGCUCAAUAAGGAAGCACGGGAUUUGUACAAUAGAAGGGAGGAUGUGACUCUUGAGAUCGAUAGAAGUACAACGGAGAAGAUUACCACGAAUGAAUGCAAAGGUUGGCUUGAUGAGGUUGAGAAGAUUGAAAAUCAGUUGAAUGACAUGGGAGAAGAAUACCAAGAGGACAAGAAAUGUCUGAGAGGGUGUUGCCCUGAUGUUUACUCACGCAUGAAGCUCGCUGAACGUGUACAGAACAUGAUCGGCAAUGUUACUGAUCUUAAGGAGAAAUCAAAGUUUGAGGGAGGAAUAGUGGUGGAUGCACCACCGGAGGUAGCUGGGAUGAUGCUAGCACCAACAAUAGAAAUAGAAACAUCAUCCGAUCACACUCUGCAAAAUAUACUACGAUGCAUCAGAGACGUGGGAAUCAAAAAGAUUGGUAUUUGGGGUAUGGGUGGGAUUGGGAAAACGACAGUGAUGAAAAAUUUGAACUGGCACCCAGAAAUGGCUCAAAUGUUUGAAAUUAUCAUUUGGGUAACCGUCUCAAAAGAAUGGAGCACAAGGAAAAUACAAAACCAAAUUACCCAAAGGGUAGGUUUGAAGGUGGAAGAUUUUGAGCCCGACCAUUUAGUUGCAUUGAGGCUAUUCAAAUAUUUAAAGACUGAGAAGUUCUUGCUGCUUCUAGAUGACGUUUGGGAUAUAGUAGAUUUGGACUCUGUGGGAAUCCCCGCUCCUUCCGUGGGCAACGAUUGCAAGGUUGUUCUAACAACUAGAUACCGAAAUGUGUGCCAUAAGAUGAGAACUGAUGUGGAGGUCAAGGUGGAAGUUUUGUCACAGGAAGAAUCAUGGCAAUUGUUUUGUAAAGAAGUUGGUAACGUGGCUGAUCAUCCAAGCAUUGCACCAUUGGCGAAACACAUUGUUCAGGAAUGUGGUGGUCUGCCACUCGCAAUCAUCGUAGUGGGAGGGGCCUUGAGAAAGGAGGAUGAUGUUCACGUGUGGAGUAAUGCACUAACAGAGCUGAGAUCUCCAGCAACAUCUUGGAUAGAAGAAAUGGAGGAAGAAGUGUUUAGGCGCUUAAAAUUUAGUUAUGACCGAUUAAAGGAUGACAACACGAAAAAAUGCUUUUUGUAUGUUGCAUUGUAUCCUGAAGACCAUCCAAUUGAGGUGAAAGAAUUAAUUGAAUAUUGGAGGGCGGAAGGGUUCCUCAAUGGUGCACAAAACUUGGCCCAAGCACGCGAUAAAGGACAUUCUAUAUUGAAAAAACUAAUAGAUUCAUCUCUGUUGAGUGGGUAUCCGAAUGCGAAAUUUGUCAGGGUGCAUGAUGUGAUUCGAGACAUGGCACUGAGACUUACAUCCACAAAGGGAGAAGAAUGCAGAUUCUUGGCAAGAGCUGGUGUUGGAAUGGAGGAACCCCCGAUUGAGGACGAAUGGAAAGAAGUGAAAAGGAUCUCGUUGAUGAAUAAUCAAUUACUUGGUUUACCGGAGAAGCCAGAAUGCUCUAUGCUCUCAGCAUUGUUAUUACAGCAAAAUUCAUCGUUGAUAGCAAUCCCAGAUUCGUUCUUCAAGCACAUGUGUACCUUGAGAGUUUUGGAUCUCAGCAGCACCUGUAUAAAGUCAUUACCACCAUCUCUUGGAAAUUUGGUCAAUCUUCAUGGGCUCUAUCUAAAUGACUGCAGAGAUCUGUCUGGUCUCCCAUCCCAAGUAGGAGCACUCAAGAGACUCGAAGUGCUUCAUCUUCGCUGCACUAGCAUUGAAGAUGAGGGCCUCCUUCGCUGCCGUACAAGAGGAAUCAAAUUCUUGCCUGCUGAGAUCGGGGAAUUGACUUGCCUUGGGUGUUUGGAAGUGUCGUUUUCUAGAUACAAUGUCGUGAAUGACAUUCCCAUCGAGGACUUGACGAUGGCAAUGACUCCUGAUGGGAUAUUCUCAAGACCUUGGAUCAGAGAGGAUGAUGGUAGCUUGUGGAUGUUGGAUAAUAUUGAUAUGGACAAGCCGCAGAUGAUUCCUGGUGGUGUGUUAUCGAAGCUCUCCCUACUGGAAGAGCUGAGGAUCGACAUGCAUCUGAGAGAGGAGCGGUGGAACUUGAGUGUAGCAGAAGCACUGAUGGCGGUGUGCAGCCUGAAAGAAUUAACUACUCUUGAUUUCCACUUUCCAAGAGUGGAGUAUCUCGAGCAUUUCAUCCAAAGCAGCCGAUCAUGGAAAAGAGGAUUAACAGCAUUCCGGUUUUCAGUGGGCCAUCAUGUUGCGCUGGGCUACUUCUCAGAUGAUUCUGCAGGCACCUAUGAACAUGAAAGAUGUAACAGAUGCUUGAUUUAUCAAGGCGCUGGAAGUGUGUCUCAUGCAGUUGCAGAGGUACUUAAUUAUGCUGAUGGGUUUCACAUAGAGGGCAAUAACAACAUUCCAGAGUUAUCAGAAUUCGGCGUGGAAAACAUGAACAGGCUGACAUUGUGCUUCAUUAGAGAAUGCAAUGAAAUGGCGUCCAUCAUAAAUGGCACUGGCAUCCAAGAGGUUGCAUUGCCAAACUUAAAGAAUCUCUUUAUCUGGCAUUUGCCCAAGUUGAGAAGCUUUUGGGAGGGGCCAGUGCAGGUCGGCAGCCUUGUGAGUCUUAGGGUUUUGCACUUGACAGGAUGUCCCAUGUUGCAGAAGGCUUUCUCGAUGGACAUGGUUCGACAGCUCUCCAACUUGCAAGACCUCUUCGUCAGAGAUUGUUCCUCAAUAGAGGAAAUAUUCGACGACAGGGAAGUAGAGAUGGCCGUUGAUUACGAAGAUCUACUGCCAAAACUGUGGAAUUUAGAUCUCCGAGACUUGCCUCAACUGGCUAGAAUCAGCAAACCAACUUCAUUGUCUUGGCAAUUGUUACGGACAAUUACGAUUGAAGACUGUCUGAAUCUAAAGAAUCUCCCAUUUGACAGACAGAAUGCUGAACGACUGUCCAUUAUCGAGGGUGAAAGAGAAUGGUGGGACGUACUUGAGUGGGAAGAUGAGGACACCAAGCUACUUCUGCAGCCUAAAUUUUACAAAUUGAGUUAUAUGUGAUUGCGGUAGUGAACAAUGCCUGUUAGGCAGUGUAGCUUGAGGUAACAGCGUCCAAACCAAGUCCCUUUAAUAUCUUCUCUUCCAUUCUCUUCAAUAGUUUCAUGUUCUUGAAUUGUGCUUUCCAGGAUUCCUUGGCCCAUCCAUGUGGGGGCCUAUAUGACUUCAUGACCAAAUUAUCCGGAUGGUCUACUGCCCCUUAUGUGAUGGGCAGCUAUACAAGAAAGGACUGACCGCAGAAUUCUAACAAAAAAAUGACUUGUCCAGAUAACCCGGCUAUUGGGAGAUCUAAGGUCAAGUAGCAACACUGCCAAUUUUUAUUGAAGAAUCAGCCUAACUGGUGCGAGCAAGGGGGUCAUUCAUCCAGAUUACUCAUUGUAUCAGACUGAAUCGGGUCCCAUCGAGUCAGAGAUGGAUUGUCCAAAUCUCUAAACCAUGCUCCUUGUGCGUUUUGCUUUGGGUUGCUCACUUGAAAGUGGCUCAUUUGACAGAGGAUUCAACGACCAAUCUAAUGUUUAAGUUACACAUUCACUCCGGGUUGGUGAGAUGAAAGGUGCAGAUCAUUUGUCUACGUAGCCAUGUGGAAUUGUACAAACAAUGGACCCUCAAGAUUGAUGGAUGACGGUUGAGCCUUGGUUAGUUCGUCCUCUUUGUGAUCUUUUCCCUCAAAGCGGUCCGAUUUCUUGGCCAUGGCCUCAAAUGGAGCAGUUAGGAUCAUCAUCUUAGACACGGCCUGAAUAAGUCCCAUGUGGCAGCUAGUAUGGUGUGUGGGUGUGUAUAUUUAUAUAUAUAUAUAUAAAAAGAGUAGCAGCUAACAUGGACAUGUAGUGGUAGAUUUGCUUGAUCUUGCUAUAUUUUAAGAUUCUGAAAUGUUGUUGUCUUUGGAUUACCAACUCGUCUCUUGGACCCUUUAUGUAUUUAAUUCCUAAUGAAUAAGAGAAGAUAUAUGUUAUUUUCUUUCAAAAUUUUGCCCUUAA